GUUGUUUCUUUUAUUUCUUCGUCAGUGUUGGCCCCACAACCUGACCGUGUUGCAAUCGUGACCGGAAGCACGGACGGAAUCGGCUAUUCCACGGCGAAGCAUCUGGCGAGACUCGGCAUGCAUGUCAUCAUAGCUGGAAAUAAUGCCGGCAAAGCCCAGGACGUUGUGAGACAAAUACAAGAAGAGACUUUGAAUGACAAAGUGGAGUUUUUGUAUUGCGAUCUGGCGUCUCUGAAGUCCAUCCAGCAAUUUGUCCAGAAGUUCAAGAAGAAGAAAAUCCCUCUCCAUGUCCUGGUCAAUAACGCCGGGGUGAUGAUGGUCCCUCAGAGGAAAACCAGGGACGGCUUUGAGGAGCACUUUGGGCUGAACUACCUGGGUCACUUCCUGCUCACCAACCUCCUCCUGGACACCAUGAAGGAGUCGGGAUCUCCUGGCCGCAGCGCGAGGGUGCUGACCGUCUCCUCGGCCACGCAUUACAUCGGGGAGCUGAACAUGGACGACCUGCAGGGCAGCCGCUGCUACUCCCCGCACAGCGCCUACGCCCAAAGCAAGCUGGCCCUUGUCUUGUUCACCUACCACCUGCAGAGGCUGCUGGCCGCCCAGGGGAGCCCCGUGACCGCUAACGUGGUUGACCCCGGGGUGGUCAACACGGACCUGUACAGACACGUCUUCUGGGGCACGCGUCUCAUGAAGAAGCUGUUUGGCUGGUGGCUCUUCAAGACCCCAGAUGAGGGAGCCUGGACGUCCGUCUACGCAGCAGUCACCCCAGACCUGGAAGGAAUUGGUGGCCGCUACCUUUAUAACGAGAAAGAGACCAAGUCUCUCGCGGUCACGUAUGACCUAGAUCUUCAAAGAGAACUGUGGGCCAGGAGUUGCCAGAUGACCGGCAUCACUGAUGUGACCCAGGACACCUUUUCGGGGUAGCUGCCACGUCGGGGAAGACCUUGACUUCAGUCCACCAAACACAGGCACAGGCAGCUCGUCUGCCAGGAACAUGAAGGGUGGUCCCUGCACUGGCAGUCGGACAGAGGUGGAAGGUCUUUGGGGUUGUAUCCAGUUGGUGUCUCUACGAGUUGAAUUAUGACCCCCUCCACAAGAUACCUUCACAUGCUCACCCCCCAGAACCUAUGCAUAUGAUUCUACCUGGAAAGAUUAUCUUUACGAUGGAAUCGAGAUCUUAGGAUGAGGAGAUCAUCCUGGCUUAUCUAGAUACACUCAAUGUAAUCACAAGUUUCCAUAUCAGAACAGGUAGAGGGAGAUUUGAUUAUAAAAUAGGAAGAGGUCAUGUGACCAUGGAGACAGAGGCAGGAGGGACGUGACCACAAACCCAGGGACACCUAGAGCCCCCAGAAGUGGGAAGAGGCAGGAAGGACUUUCCCCUGGAACCUCUGGAGGGAGCACAGCCCUGCCCCACCUGGAUCUCAGCAGCCGUGUCCCACCUGGAUCUCAGCCCUGCCCCACCUGGAUGUCAUACUUCUGGUCUUCAGAGUUGGGGGAGGAUGAAUUCCUGUGGUUUUUAAGCCACCAACAGAUGGAUGGGAAUUUGUUACAGGAAACUCCUACAGUUCCUUAUGAUUCUGAACAUCUCCCACAGUUUACUGGGCACCAUCUUUGACUUCAGGGUUCACCCUUACUCAGGCACCAGUCAGGCAAGGAAAGCUCAGUCCUUUCUCUGAGGAUGUUCUCAAAUUCCAACAUGGACAGACAAGCCACUUGAAAAUGCAAUGGAAAGGACAUUGUGCGUGUGAUGCUGGACUGCGCUCUGAGUUUCCAGAACAGUGACCGCUGGUCACCUGACCAUCCAGUCCCUCAACUGCCAGAAUCUCACCAAGGACCCAAACCUGAAGUUGACUCUGGGUACAUGCGUGCUUUGAAAUCACAGCCAGCAGCUCUUCGAAUGUGGUGUUCACACUGGACUCAGGGACAGAUGCUUUAUAGAUUGCCUCUUGGUUGUUCCAGGAUGGAUGCAAUGGCACCAUGAAGCAAUUUAAGAAUCUCCUCUCCUUCUGGAAUGGAGCAUGAUUUAAUGGGAAUUUUCAACCAAGUUCAAUACCCAACCUGAGCCAGACAUAAUCAGAUUGCAACUUCCAGCCCUGAGAGCUGGCACCUCGUCACACUGCUCAGAUGGUCUACGAAAGCCCUAGAGCCCAGACUGAUGUCCUUUAGAACUAGAAUCAUGGUCAAGAGGUGCCUCAUCUGAUUUUCUGAACAGCCAGGACUCUGCCCCAAAAAGCAGAAUCUUGAAUUCUGGAAGACGCCGCCCUUGGAGCCAAGGACCAUACUACAGCUUGAGGCUGUCGUAAACAUAUGCCAGUGACUGUUAUCAUUAUCACAAAGGGACUUUCCAAGUAGAGGCUCAGGAUGGCAUGGUAGGAUGGCUCCAGGCCAAGCCGACAUCCUCCAUCACUGAGAAAACAAGCACGCCAGGAUUUGACAGAUGCCACAAUCCCCAAGCUGCGAAGAUGCGUUCCAAGAGCAAUUCGAACCUUGUAGGACCCUGGCCUCAGAUUGUUCCUCCUUGUUACAUGACAGCCCUUAUGUUGCUCUUCCUCCCUGGGAGAGAGAGAGAGAGAGACAGAAACAACAACCCAUCGUUCUGGAGAAGUUAGCAGGCACCCUCAACAUGUGAUCGUAAAAUUCCUCGGUGCUCAGAGACACUUCCCAGCAGCUGGAGAAAUCGUGUGGAUCUCUGGGUGAGUAAAGCUGAAUUUGUGGCUUGGUGGCACUGGGGAUUCUGGGUUUGAGCCUGUCAGUCAUGUUAGGGGAGCUGCGAGGGUCUCUGUGCCCACACCAGGGUGAUGACUUUCCAUCCAUGGGCAAGACUUGAUUCAGUAGUCGGACUCAUGGUGCAUGUGUUUCUCUUCUCGGUAAAGCUGUUCUUUUGUUCCUUCGGUGUAGCAACAGUGAGUUUUGUUUGGGUUCAGCAAUGGGAGGGACCACUUCAUUCAUUCGUCUAUUCAUUCAUUCAUUCAUUUCUACCAAGGCCGGCUCUGAGGAAACACAAGCUUACCCAAGUUGAGUGGGAACUAGGUCUUGUCCCAAAGGAACUGGACGUCUGUGGUGUGCUGAUAAUGGCCUCCAUGGAUAUUAGGUCCUGAUCCCUGGAAUCUGGUGAUUUCACUGUGGAGGAUAGCAGAGACUUUUAAUAAGGAAGAGUGAGCUCAGCAAAGGCUGGUCCAUGUAGGACACAAGCUCUGUCUGGAUGCCAACUUGAUGUUGAAGGCUUCUGUGUCGUGAACAGGUGGCAUGGGCACCUCUUGUCUUGGCUGUUUGGAAAUACAACCAUACAAGGUGCACUGGGCCCCCUCCAAGGUGGAACGGGUUGGGAGCCAGGAUGGGGGACGCUUCUUGGUUUGGUCUAUGGGUCAGGGAGGGCAUGCCAUGCCCAUUUCCCAUUGGAUGUGAGCUUUGGGAAAUGUGAAGUCUUGCACUGGGCACCAUCAUUAAGCCUUUGGGUCUCUGUCUUUCUGAUGCCUCAUCUACUGAAUGAUGAUGCAAGCACAACCUUGUCUGCACCCAGGUUUGCUGAGACAAGACCUAUGUAUGCAUUCUGCUUGAGGAAUGUUCAGGAAUAAAUAUGUGACACCUAUGGUUUUGCAUGCAAGCUCUGGAUUUCAUUUGUCAUGUAAGUGGAGAAAUUACAUUUGACCCUUGAACAGCACAAGGCUAGGGGUGAACAGCGUCUAUGCACUCAAAAAUCCACAUGUAACUUUUGACUCCCCCCAAAACUUAAUUCCUAGGAGCCUUGGUUGACCAGAAGCCUGACCAACAACAUAGUCCAUUAAUAUUUCGUAUGUUCUAUGUAUUAUAUACUGUGUUCUUACAAUAAACAUAAGCUAUAGAAAAUAAAGUGUGAUUAAGGAAGCCAUAGGAAGAGAAAAUACAUUUACAGGAUUGUGUUAUAUUUAUGGAAAAGAUCUGCAUCCAAGUGGAUCCUUGAAGUUCACACUGUGUUGUUCAAGGGUCAGCUGAAGUUGGAGUUGUCUUGUCUGUCAUCUGGAUACCAGUAUCUUAGUCACUGGGCCUUGGUCCAUAGCUUUUUACCAAAUGCCGUAAAAGCACAAACAUAAACCCAGACUUAAGUCCCUCCUGCUUUCCAGCAUGUGCGCUGAAGGGGGCUGUGUGCCAAACGUCUGCGCCUAGUAAAGAGCUUGGGAGUUCUCCGGCUCUGAGGUUCUGUUCAAGGAAGGACGUUCUCUGGUUCAGGAAUGGAGCUUUACCAAUGUGUGCAUUUAUUGUUAAUGGAUCGUUUUUGGUUAUAUCAAAACGAUAUAAUGGUUGCCUCAUUUCUUCCCUUCAUUCUGGGAUAUAUCAUCUGACUUUCUGAUUU